CGAAAACACGGCGCGUCGGAAGGGAAGAGCACUCCGCCGCUUCCCCCGAUCGCGCGUGUUCCCCCACUUCACCCCCGACGCUCAGAGGAUCGAAUCCCCAGACCCUAACCCUAACCCUAAUUUGUAGUGCGCGUACCUCGGCAUUUGGGUGGGGGGUUGGGGGAUGGAGAUCCUCCGAUCGGGGCGCGUGGUCGUGGCCCUGCUCCUCCUCCGCCUCCGCCAACUCCUCCUCCGCCGCGCGCGGCGCCUCCUCUCGCUAGUGGCGCUCCGCGACGCGCUCCUCUCCCUCCUCUUCCUCCGCCACCACCUCGUCCCCCGCUCCGUCCCCCUCGGCGCCGGCCCCUCCGCCCCGUCGCUCCACCUCUGGAUCCCCUCCCCGCUCCUCCGCCGCCUCCGCCCCCCCCGCCCCGCGCUCGUCCUCGUCCACGGCUUCGGCGGCAACGCCAAGUGGCAGUGGGAGCGCCAGAUCGGGCCCCUCUCCCGCUCCUUCGACCUCUACGUCCCCGAUCUCCUCUUCUUCGGCCGAUCCAAACCAGGAUCUGGAUCGGAAUCUGAAUCGGAAUCGGAAACCCCCGGUUCUCGAUCGGUGGCGGAGCAAGCGAGGUGCGUGGCGGAGGCGAUGGCGCGGCUCGGGGUGGGGCGAUACGCGGUGGUGGGGAUCAGCUACGGGGGGUUCGUGGCGUACAGGUUGGCGGGGGAGGGGGCGGUGGAGAGGGUGGUGAUUUUGUCGGCGGGGGUGUGCGCGGGGGCGGAGGAGAGGGGGGAGCUCGCCCGGAGGGAGGGGAGGGACGUGAGCGAGGUGCUGCUCCCUCAGCGCCCCGAGGACCUGCGCACGCUCCUCCGCCGGUCCAUGCACCGCCCCCCCAAGUGGGUCCCCGACUUCCUCCUCCGCGACUUCAUCCAGGGCGGAAGCGAAUUUUUGGCGAAUUGGAACGGAUUGAAGGAAGAAAAGAGUCUCCCGCCUCCCGCUCUAUUUACUUAGCGGAACGGGGCGGAUUUAGGACGAGUUAUAUUUUUUUAUAUUUUUUUAUUCCUACUUACCGCCUCAUUCGGAACGGAUUAGGGCGGGAGCUUCACCAACCCGGAUUCAUUUGAAUCCCUAAUAGUAAU